CGAAGCGUCUGUUUGCGGAAGCAGCUCGGGCAGAACAGGCACCCUUCUCGCCUUGACAGCGAUGUCGCCGGCAGCGGUAGAAGCCGGGCCCGCACGACUCGUUCGGUCCGCCCAGAAGGACGAGCUCUAUCGAGGGGCGCUGAGAAGCGGGGCUGGGGCUGCCUUGGGGGGCCUGGCAGGUGCUAGAAUUUGGUUGGAGUGGCAGAAGGAAAUUGAGCUGUUUGCUGAUAUAGCGUAUUUCACACUCACAACUCUUUCAGGUUACCAAACUCUUGGUGAAGAAUAUGUCAAUAUUAUCCAAGUGGACCCAUCGCGGAAGAGAGUUCCUUCAGUACUUCGACGGGCUGUCCUGAUUUCUUUGCACACUGUCUUCCCUUACUUGUUUGACAAAGGAUUAGUACACCUGGAACAAGAACUUCAGACAGAACCCGAUGAGAUGAGGACUUUGCAAAGCAGACAUUUGCGUGGAUUGUGGGGAAGGACUUUCUUGUGGCGUUGGUUACAGAAAUGGCUUGGCAGAUUAACAGAGCAGCAGAGGAAGGUGCUCUGUCAGGUGGUCCAUUUUCUCAGGCAAGGCAUCCCACUCCUUCGUAGGCUGCACCUGGCCAUCUUCUAUAUGAAUGGUAUUUUCUACCACCUAUCUAAAAGGAUGGCAGGGAUCACAUAUGUAAGUAGAAAAUCACACAAAAUGCAUCAAUAUCAAGUGGUGGUUUUGUGUCUUCCCCCCUCCCAGCUGCGUUAUGCAGGAUUAGAUGGAGACAACCAACAUGUUCGAUCAAGUUACAGGCUUCUUGGGAUCCUUUCAGUGCUGCACCUGGCACUAACAGUUGGUAUCCAUGCAUACAGCUUCCAACAGAGGCAGAGGGCAAGACAAGAAUGGAAGAUCCACCGUAACCUCUCCUACCCAAGAACCCAGCCUGAGGAGAAGUUCCUUGGCCGAAGCUCUCGCUGCAUUCUGUGCUUAGAAGAACGCCGCCAUACUACGGCCACUCCGUGUGGACACCUCUUCUGCUGGGAAUGCAUCACUGAGUGGUGCAACACCAAGGCCGAGUGCCCACUGUGCAGAGAGAAAUUCCAUCCACAGAAGUUGAUUUAUCUUCAACACUAUCGAUAACAGCCACCUGUGCAGCUGUUAGAUUGCAAAGUGUUAGGAACCAACGAAAAUACAGCUUUUGACCAAGUGUAAGACUUUAUUUUGAUAUUAUGAUAUUAAAUUGCUGUGAUAAAAUUGA